AUGAACCAUGCCGAGCGCUCCAAGUCUCUGUUUGCCGACUUUCAAGAGCACCUCCUUGAGGAUCUCCUCGCCUUCCGCUUGCAUUUCGAAGGUUCCGACCGCGACCUGUGGGACCGUGCGCAGCGCACCCUUCACCUCGUCACCGACCUCCGCGAACAGCUGGAUCGCCACCAGAUCGACACCGGGAUCUGCAUCCACGACCUUUCCACUUCCAUUACCAGGAUCUCCCACGAUACUGACUCCCUGACCCGCCGGGUCCGUGAGCUGGCCGCCUCUUCCUCUGAUCCCGCCGUUCUUGACGUGUUAACCACCGUGGAGCAGCGCAUGGUGUUCCUCAUCACCCGCCUUCAGUCCAUCCCUGUUUCCUUCCCUACUCCGCCGUUUCCUCCUCCAGACCAGUCCCCUCCGACACCUCCUGUCUCUCUUUGA